AUGCCGUCGUACGCCGUCGUCGGUGCCUCUCGCGGGAUCGGACUCGAGCUCGUCCGCCAGCUCGCUCUCGAACCGGACAACACAGUCUUCGCCACGGCGCGCAACAAGCAGACGUCCACGCACCUGCAUGCCGUCUUGCAGGCGCUUCCACACAAGAACGUGCACGUCCUAGGGGCGGACGUGACGGACCACCGCACGCUCCAGAAUGCGGCCGCAGAAGCGGCGGAAGUGGCGAACGGUUCCUUGGACGUACUCAUCUACAACGCUGCCAUCUUGGACCGCGAAAGCGUGCUGCGGAGUCUCCUAGAUUAUCCGAGCGAAGAUAAGCUUCAUGACGAUUUCAUCCAGUCCUACGAGGUGAACGUCCUCGGCGCCAUCCAUGCUGUGAACGCCUUCCUUCCGUUGCUCCGCAAAGGCACGACGAAGAAGAUCAUCCUAGUCGGCGGCGGCGCCAGCACGCGCGAGUUCGUCCUGAAGGCACAGGUCGCCACGAUGGCCGCGCUCUCCAUCACCAAGGCCGCGCUGACCAUGGUGGUGCUCAAGUACGCGGUGGGGCUCAAAGACGAGGGCUUCACCGUCGUCUCUGUCAACCCGGGGUGGGUGGACACGUCCGCCACCGCAGAGACGUCGGCAGCGGCGUCCGCGGAGGACAUGGCGAAGUUCGGCAGACUGCUGGCGAAGGUAAAAGCUGUGUACCCGCAGGUGCAGGUCCAGACUCCAGAGGCGGCAGUCCGUCAGUUCUUGGCGACUGUCAGCAGUGUCGGUCCUGCGGAUACUGGGGCGUACCUCUCAGGUCCGGGCUUCGGAGACGAGACAGCCUGA